AUGAUACUUUUUGUUUUGAAUUUCGAAACCAGUUUUUGUGAAGAAUCUGGUGUUAGCGAGCAUUUCCGUAAAUUUUUAAAGAAGUUAAAUAAUUCAGAUAAUGUUUAUUUUGAUCCAAAAUUUCCAGAGAUGGAAUAUAAAACAUUACAUGAAAUUGAUUAUCUAACGGAUUUAAAAUUUGGUCGAUUUCAUCAAUUUUUAAAUCUAUUUAAUGGCAUGGAAAAGGAUAGCGAAAAGCUGUUCGAAACUCGUCGAGCAGUCGGAGCAGUAGCGAAUUUUCUACUUAAAGAUACAGUUGCGAAACUCGCUGAAGCUAUUAUAACAAAUGAAACUGGUCAUUUUUUUCGUAUACGUCGUUAUUGGCAAGUAUUCUACUAUUGCAUAACAACAUACAAUUUCUUGGAAAAUGUUAAUCCAUGCACAAGUGCAUUCCAAACAACAAAACCAUACCCUGAUCCACUAAAAUAUGAUGAAUCUGAGAUAGAAACCGAGGAAACUGAAGGCACAGAAGAGGAGACGCCAUCGGCUAACGCAACGUGA